AAUUUCACUUUCACUUCUCGUGUUUAGAAUAAUUGUGAAUGUGGAAAGAGAGAAAACUGGUAGUAGAGUGAUAGAACAAUUUGGUUUCUUCGGAGCCAACUUCCCGUUCAGAAAAGGCUUGCAGCUUUUUUGUGAUCCUGGGCAUUGUAAAAUGAGUGAGAUUCCGUAAGGGUUUGCCUACAGCAGCAUGGAUGAUAAGGAUGAUUCAUGUGUGAUGGUGCAUAUGCCUCCUUCAAAACCGCAUUGGUAAGAAAGUAAUGAUAAAAAACAUUGCAAUUGUUAUGGUGUGGUCUUCGGAUGCUUUCAAUGUUCUCUGCCAACUAUGAUUAAGUGAAUGGCAUUUUGCAAUGUAUUUGCGUUUGUUGGAAAAUCUAUCUGUAUUGUGGACAUUUGGCAUUUCUUUGUACUUUGUGAUGAGUGUUGUUAUAUUAUGAGCUUUGCAGCAUGUUCAACUUCUAUGUUGUUACUUGUUAGAUAUUGUGCAUUUGUGCUAUUUGGGAAAGACAUUUGUGAAGUUAUUCUCAGAAUUCCUGCUAUGGCUCCAACAUGAUUUGCCUCCUCAAUUUCAGGAAUGGAACAAAAAAAAUACAUAAAUUGCUGAACUAAGCUGGCUGCACUGUUUCAUUCUGGUUUACAGGGAAGGAAGUAGAUCUCUUGAAUUGAAGAACUUUCAGCUUUAACAUGCUUUUGGUUUCUGGUUUAAGUACCGUUAAGAGACAAAUGUUUGGUGAACAGACUCUCAUUUGUUUCCUUGCAUGAUCUCCAGCCCCAGGUUUGUUAUUGUUUCUUUACUUCAUGUAAUUCUUUUGGGAUUUCUGGGUAUGACUGUUGCUUCUUAAAUAGAAUGUCGAAUUAUUAUGGAGCUAUACAGCCUGUUGCCAUGUCCUCCUUUCCUUUGGUUACUUGUUCCACAUUUCCUUUCUUUCUUCCUUGCUUGUUUCUUCUUUUAUCUCUAAAACAAGACCAAAGCUUCGACGAAUACUCUAGUGGCUUAAUUGGAGAUGGAAGGCACUUUCGGAAUUCUUAGCUUAGCUGUCAACAGUUUCUUUUCUUUUGGGGCUCCUUCCUAACAGGUUUUGGCACCUCUAUUUCGGCAUUCUGAGCUAUUGACUUCACAGUACAGUGGCAAAGUAUAAAAGUAAAAAGAUCACGUGUCUGCAUCUUCAGGUACCUAAAUCAUGCUGCAAGGUUCUCCUGUUUCUUCUUGUGGGUUCAUGAAUAUAGCCAUACACAUGACAACUUAAAAUUAAUGAGCUGAAACUUAAAAUUAGCGUAACCAUUAAGCUGAAUCUAAAGUAGGAUUGGCAACCAUCAUUAUGAAAUUAACUUGUCAAAACUGUUAAUAAAGUUUGAUAGCUGACUAGUUCAGGCCGUGCUUUCUAAUGAUACGGCCUUGAAUUGGUCUUUUUUCGUACAGCUACUCCAUUAAAAAAUUAGAAAUAAAGAGCUAGUAGGAUAAAAGGAAAGUUAGGUAAUAUGGUUGAUGCAAUUUAAUGGUGACAAGAAAUUUUGAAAGCUGUUAGUGCUCAAAUCAAGUCAGUAUUGAGUUAUUUUGGGUAUGUGGAAAGAGUACUGUUCUGCAGUAUUUCUCAGAACCCUGAUCUAAAGUAAGAGAUGCGAAGCUAUUUAAAUUUGCAUUAGCAUCCUUCUGAAUAGAGGUGAAGUUCAGGGGCUGCAAGUCUGGGAAUAUAGUUUGACUUUGACCAAGAGAUUUGAAUGACAACAAGAAAUUUGAAAAUCUUUUUGAUGAGACUCCUCUUAUUGUUGGAAAUUUCCACACUUCCCCUACUUAUUGCUUCUUUUAUCCUUAUAAACAGGUUUUGCCUCCUCAAAAACUGGAUUCUGAAUUAUGGGACUUCUCACAAUAGGGGCAGAGAAGAAAAGUUCAUGGAAUUUGCACCUUCAGGUACAUAAUAAAUAAUGACCCAGAGGCAGGGCAUAAAAGUCCAUAAAGUCUGCACCUCCAUGUCUCUUGAUUUGUUAUUAAUUUUCAAUACUAAACAAUGACCCAGGAAGUCAACCCCCUUCCUUUAAGGAAGUAAGCGCUCGAAGUAUAUACUUAAAAAGAGGGGAAAAGAAAACGAGGCAACUUGUAGCUAAAGAAAAACAAGUCAAACCUCCAUACUCAGCCUUUAGUUGUUAACAAUUAGCCAUUUGUUAAAAGACUGUCCCUUUAACAAGCUAAUUAGAAGAACGUAGAUCAAGAUCUCCCCAGUUUAAUGGCUCCCUCCUCUUCCUCAGCUUUAGUGGCCUCAUCGUCUCAUAGUGCCAUGCAUACUGGAGAAUGGGAUUACGAUGUUUUCUUGUGUUUCAGAGGCGACGACACCCGGCAUGGUUUUACAAGCCAUCUUCUAGCUGCUCUCUCCGACAGGAAAAUUAAAGUCUUCAUCGACACCAUGCUCCGGAAGACAGAGUCCAUCGACGAGCUCCUCUCAGUCCUCCAAAGAUCUGCGCUUUCCAUUGUCAUUUUCUCUGAAAAUUUUGCGGAUUCAACCUGGUGCUUGGACGAGGUGGCAACGAUUGCCCAAAGCAUGGCAAAACUCGGGCAUCGAGCGCUGCCAGUAUUUUACAAGGUUGGUUGGUCUGACGUGGCAGAGGACUCUGGCAAUUACUCUGUUACCAUCCAUGAAAAGCUUAAAUCUAGCCCAGAGGACGACAAGAGAUGGAGGGGUGCUUUGAAAACAGUGGCUAAUUGUGCUGGACAUACCUCCCAAGCAAUCCAAAUUGAAUCCAAAUUGAUCAAGCUGAUGGUAGAAGAUGUUAUGAAGCUACUAACAGACAUGUCACCAAGUAUCAAGUCUAACAACUUGGUUGGUUUGGGCUCACGUGUUUGGGAGGUCGAACAACUGUUAGCUAUGGACUCAUUAGAUGAUACUCGCAUCAUUGGGCUUUGGGGAAUGGGUGGUGUUGGGAAAACAACGCUAGCCAAAGCUUGCUAUGAAAGGAUGGUUUCAUCAACAGAAGAGAUCAAGCAUCAUUUUAUUUGGAACAUCAACGAAAAUUGCGAAAGGCAGCGUGGGGUUGAGGGAAUAGUGCAUGAGCUCUAUUCAAAAUUGCUCUCCGAGAAUAAUCUAGGUCGUGAAGAUUUAGAUAUGAAUUAUCGAAGAGCUCGUCUUUCUCGCUUGAAGGUGUUCAUUGUUCUUGAUGCUGUGGAGACUCAUUGCCAAUUAGAGCAAUUUCUUUUAGGAGAUGUCUUCAACCUCACCAAACUCUUUGCCACAGGGAGCAGAAUCAUCGUGACAACAAGAAACAAAAAAGUGCUUCAGAAUGCAAUGGCAAAGGUUUAUGGUAUUGAGUGUUUGAAUGAUGAUGAAUCUAUUCAACUCUUUAGCUUGCGUGCAUUUAGACAAUAUUGCCCCCCCGAUAACUGGAUGCAUCUAUCACGUAUUGCAACAUCGAAAUGUAAGGGAAACCCAUUGGCACUUCGAGUUUUGGGUGGUACAUUGUUCGGCGAGGACAAAGAUUAUUGGGAGAGUUUCUUAGGUGGGUUGAGUUUGAUUCAAAACCCGCAAAUUCGUGAUAUUCUCAGGAGAAGCUAUGAUAAAAUGGGAACUGAUGAGAAAAGACUGUUCUUGGAUGUUGCUUGUUUCCUCCAUGGAAUAUCAAGAUCCACAGUGAUAGGAUACUUGGCAGUCUUGUACCCGGCUGCUCAUGUCAAAGUGAAGGACCUAAUUGAUAACUCCCUCUUAAUCUGCCGUUGUAGUGAGUAUGGAGAGAAGAUUGAGAUACAUGAUCUGCUCAAGACAAUGGCUUUGGACAUUGUGAACGAGGAACCAAAGCUCGGCAAACGCAGCAGGUUGGUGGACCCUGAUGAUAUUUACAAAUUGUUGACAACUACAAAGGUGGAAAGUUGGGGAACAUUAUAUAGAGAGCUUUUCUUCAGAGGCAUAGAGAUGAUGGUUCCACCGAGAAGGAAAAGGAGAAAAGUUAUAGACAUGGAUCGUAAAGGCAAAUGUGCACUGGAGGGACUUAUAACAACUGAAGGUAUUAAUUUGAAUCUUUCUAAAGCCAAAGAGAUGCAUCUAGAAGCCAAUGCCUUUCAAGGGAUGGAUUCUCUUACAUUUCUUAAAUUCUGGAGAUUGUUGAAGUAUAUCUACCACUAUCAACCGACGAAGAAGAUUAUCCAUUUGCCAUCAGGUGGCAUUGACUCUCUUCCUGACAGGUUGAGAUGGCUGCAAUGGGAUGAAUACCCUUCCAAAUCACUACCUUCAGGGAUUUAUCCCCAAUAUCUCGUCCAUCUUAUUAUACGCUGGAGUCCAAUUGAAAAUUGUUGGGAAAAUUUUGACCAACCAAAGCUGGUGAAUCUGGUGGUGCUCGACCUCUCCAGUUGUUUCAAUCUUACUGCUAUUCCAGAUCUCUCAGAGUCUUCAAAACUUGAGGAACUCCUACUUCCUGAAUGCAGAAGCCUAGUUGAACUACCCUCUCAUGUUCAAUGUCUAGAGAAGCUGAUAAUACUUGACCUUGGAUAUUGUUUGAACCUUGAGCGUCUUCCGUCAAAACUCAACUCGAAGUUCCUCAAGUUCGUUCGGAUGCAUGAUUGUCCCAAGGUCAAGUUCUGUCCGGAGAUUAAUUCAGGAGAUUUGAUGGAAUUAGAUUUAAAUGGGACACCUGUCAGUGAGCUGCCAAACGCAAUAUACCAUGUCAAGGAGGGUGGCAGUCUACAUCUCUAUGGUGAAAUCUUCACCAACUUCCCAGCAAUUUCAGCUAGCUUGGACAUGUUUUGGCUGUGCCAUACUGCAAUGAAAGAGAUAAAUUCUUAUGAUCAUCAGGCUUCUUUUGAGUUACCGCCGAAAAUUUCUAACUUGAGGUUGUGUGGUAACUCGCAACUCAAGAGCCUGCCAAAGAGCAUAUGGAGCAUGGCCGCUUCUUCUCUCACUGUUAUGGGCAGCCCACUUCUUGAGAGUUUGCCAGAGAUAUCAGAGCCUGUGAAUGGUUUAAAAUUACUUUAUAUAACUGAGUGUGAAAGUCUCAAAUGUCUCCCAUUAAGCAUCAACAAUUUAGUAUCUCUAUCUGAUCUCCGUUUGGGAAACACUGGCAUUAAGUCUUUGCCUUCCAGCAUCGAAGAAUUGGAACGACUCUGUCACUUAGAUUUGAGCAAUUGCAAAAGCCUCGAGUCUAUCCCCAGCAAUUUCCAUAACCUACCCAAGCUACUCGAGUUGCUGUUGAGGGGAUGUUCAAGUAUUCAAUAUUUGCCUGAACUUCCACCAAAUCUCUCUAUUUUGGAUGUCAGUGGUUGCAGGUUGUUACAAGCUCUACCAAGCAACAUCACUAAGCUGAGUUGGAAGUGUCUCAGGUUUUAUGAUUGCCCACAAAUAGACAGGAUACUUCCUGAUGAAAUAAUGGCAAACUACCUGGUCCAUGCAAUAUUGUCUCGGCAUUCCAAGAAUGAGCUUGCAUAUUCGGGGAGUGAUAUUCCAGAGUGGUUUGAGUACAAAAAUGUGACCGAUAAGGAUAAUUCAUGUUUGACUGUGCAAUUGCCCCCUGCAAACUGCACUGGCAGUAAGCAACCAAUCAAAGGAAUUGCAUUUGGCGUGGUGUGGUCUUCGGAUGCCUUUGAUUUUUGGCCGAUUAUGAAAUGUGAAUGCGACUUUGGCACCAUCACCAUGGCUUCUUGGAGCUCUUAUUCUUUCUCUGCUAAUACAAGGGAUGUCACAAAAUCAUCAGAUCAAGUAUUGUUAUGGUUCGACAAGAUCAAGCAAAGCAAAGAAGGGGAAACAGAAGCAUGGUUUGUAAAAUAUGCUAGCCAGACUGUUUUGCUCCGCUUCAGCCCUGAUUUAAGAUAUACGGAAGGUGAAAAGCAGACGAAGAACUUGACAAUAAAAAGAUAUGGGGUCUCCCCACUGUACUGAGUACAAACAGUUUGAUGAUUAACUUCCGUUCAAAGAAGAAACAGAUGGCAAGGUACAUAUCUUGGUCUUCUGGAAGAAACACUGGGUAUCUUGUUUUUGCUUUUGUGAUUAUGAAUGUUGUUCAUCCUAGCGUGCUGCUAUUUGCGUUGUUGUCCCAGUAUUUCCAUGGUCUCUCUGCUUUUCACUUUUUGGAAAGACUGUUGUCAGUAUCAUUCUUAGAAUUAUUGCUACGCUGUGCAGCGCUUGCUCCAACUUGGGUUGCCUCUUCCAUCUUUGGAAUUUAUAAAAUUCUUUUCUCGUGACACUUUGGCUAUGUCAUGUCAUCUUUCACAGCCUAGCGGAUAGGCGAACAGGGCUUGCUCUAUUGGUACUACUGCUGGUUUCAACAUGGAGGUCUCAGACUCGAAUCCUUUAAGUAGAACUUAAUAAUAAAUAGCAAACCUUUGUCACCCUCGCCAAAAAUAAUGUAGUGGAUAGAGUUGACUACCUUGCUAUGGUGUGUGGUGGUAGGCUCCGUUUUGGUAAGACUUAUUAAAGAUGCCAUCAUGGGUGGAAUCAGACAAUUUGGUUUUGGUUUGAAGGUUGAGCAACUGUUAGCCGUAGACAAAUGAUUUGAGGUAGCCUCCGUUUUGGUAAGACUUAUUAAAGAUGCCAUCAUAGGUGGAAUCAGACAAUUUGGUUUUGGUUUGAAGGUUGAGCAACUGUUAGCCGUAGACAAAUGAUUUGAUACAAGCGACAUUGGGCUUUGGCGGAUGGGAGGUGUAGGAAAAAGACUACUCUAGCCUGAACUUGCUAUGAAGGCUGUACUAUACUGCCACAGAAGCCUAUUAUCCAUAAAAGUGUCAGGAGGUGGCAUGGGGUUCGUAAGGACAAAAAAUAUGUUGAGAGGUAUUGAUGGGAGUUGAGGAAGGUUCAAUCUUUGCCAGAACUCGCUCCAAACUUUUGAGUUUAUGGAUGUAAGUUUAUGCAAGUGGUCGCGAGCAAUACCAAGCAAGGAAGGGUAGUGGAGUUGAAAGUAGCUACUACACUUUGAUAUCUCUGCCUCCUCAGGUACAUUAAUGCUAUUAUUACAGAUACAGCACUUUAAUAUGAUUAAUAAGUUUGGCUCUCUUUUAUGAGAAUGCUUCUCUGUCGUGGGUAACAGGGUAGGGUAAUCUCUUAUAAAAAUCCAAUGAUUUAGAUGUAUAGAGAUAAAUCUCAAAUUGCAUAUCUCGGUGGACAGAAGUUUCCUUCUCCUUCCCAUCAUUCCCUAAACCAAUAAAGCAUGUAUGAAAUGCCCCCACCUCCCAUCAUAAUCUUGGCAAUUUCUUUCCUCUUUCCUUAAAGACUUUUUGGGUUAUAUCGUUGAAUGCUAUUUAAUGACACCAAGAAAUUUCGAAGCAUUUU